AUGGAUGGUCCUGGUCCUGAGGUCCAGAAUGGGCGCAACUCUCCGCCAUCGGCAGGUCCCUUUGGCUGUGAGUGGGCAGUCGAGCUCGACUGGUCCAACAUCGACUCUAACUCUUAUCCAGAUUCAUUCCUCGGCCCCAUGGAUACUCCCUAUGAGCAAGCUCCCGCUUUACCCCCGGGGCCAUCUCUCCUUGAUGAUAACGAAUCCAACAUGCUUGAUAACUUCUUCACGACCAUGAAUACAAACAACUUCAACAAUGACUUUUGGCUACGCUCUCAGCAACAAAAAUCUUCUUCUCUCUCAUUUGACUGGGCAGAUGAGCUGCCUCCAACCUUCCAAGGAUCCACGACCUCACUCCCACAGCCCUCUUUCCAGCCCCAUAGCUUGGACAAAUCUGGCAUACUUGCAGGAAAUGCGGCCAAUCAUGAUAUCUAUGCUGCCGCAUCCAUGCUUUAUCCAGAUGGGAUCCAUGGCCCUGAUCUUGGAUCCGCACUGGCUCAGCAGACCUUCGCUAGGCAGCCUUUACCAAUCAAUAACCAUCCCCGCCGCAGCUCACAGCCGGCACCAGUCACACAGACCCACAAUUCCUCUCCGGUUCGCCCGCAAAUUCCAACUGGGUUUCAUACCGAGCAAAUGCUCUUCGAUGUGCGAGACCCCAUCCCGGCAGAUCAACACCCGUCCCGCAAGAUCCGCGGCCUUCAUUGGGGCUCCGAUGUUAGCUUCAUGGACCAAGGCUACGUCGCGCCGCCCGAUCAACCCGAUAUCAAGGCUGUCACCCGAGAUCUACUGGAUCAUCUAGAUUGUUUCGAACCCCAGACCAGCGCCGGAAACACUCGGGGCUCCCACCCCCGUUCAUGA